UUUACUUCCGUGUAUCACAUAUAUAUGUAUCCUAUUGAACUUUUUAUGGACAACGGCCUGUUGGUCCUGUUUUGAUGCCAUCAAAGCAGUUACCUGAAGACUAUUCAAACCAGUCAUUCCGUCUAUCUGUGCAUAUGCAUCGGUAUGUCAAUGGCAUCUUUCUCAGUCUCAUUGGUAAAGGUUGCAUCACAGUCGGAAAUCUCUGGAGUGCUUAUCAAGGACAGUGUGUUUCUUUUGUCCCAAUUGAUACAUAUACUUCUUUUAACUGUGCAAGGACAAUUUGUACUGAACUCGAACGAUGAAAUUAUCGAAUCGAUAUACGACGCAUCGUGGUAUAAUGCUAACAAAAAAACGCAACUGUUGUUCGUGUUAUCCAUCAGAAGCUGUUUGAGUCCUCCAAUUCUAUCAGCUGGGGGACUUUUAGACCUGAAUUUGAAAAAUUUUGCAGAGGCAAGUUUUAAGAAUACCUUUUUAAAAUAAAUCUACGUAAUAUCAUACCUUCCAGAUUAUAAAGGCAUCUGUUUCAUACUUUACCGUAUUGAAAUCUACGUGAAUGGUAUAGUAUUCCUAACUGAGACGACGAAAAACAGUAUUCCAGAUCGAACGAAGAUCAAUAUAUGAUAUAAUAUGUACAGAAAUAUAAUGGUGCUUACUUCUCAACCACUAAUUUAUUUUUGCUUUUAUCCUCCUAGAA